AUGUUCUCCCAACCGAAGCCGGAACGUGUUAUUCACCACCGGUCAUACGUUUCUCGUGAUCGUGAGGCUGCCCAUCUACGUCUUAUGAAAGACUAUUUCAACGACAAUCCGAUAUACGGGCCACAAUUUUUAGGACGGUGUUUUCGGAUGCAGAAGGAGCUAUUCUUGCGCAUCGUCGAUGUUGUGCAAGGUGAAGAUGGUUACUUUCGAAUGAGUCAUCAUGCUGCGGGCCGGGACUCUCUCACGCCUUUGCAUAAAUGCACGGUGGCUAUCCGCCAAUUAGCCAUCGGCGUUAGUGCGGAUACUUUUGAUGAGUAUCUCAAAGUUGCUGACACAACGGGGCGUAUAUGCCUAAAGAAAUUCUGCAAAGUUGUCAUAAUAUGGAUUUUCCGGGAUGCUCAGGAGUCUUGA